GGAACAGCUGUGUUGUCAUUUUCUAAGAAGAAAAAAAGCCAAUCAGCAGAUAAUGACAUCAGAUUUAUACAGGUAAAGUCAGGCCGGUUAUUGGCGUAAGCUAACAUUGGCAUUUCCCUUCAACAUGGAUCCAAUUGGAUCCAUGAUGUUAACCCUUCAGGGUGCAAAGGCAGAUGGAGAGAAGUUACUAAAACAGAACCGAUAUGAAGAAGCACUGGGUUGCUAUAAUGUGGCACUCCAGAUUGCAAUGCAGCUUGGAAUACGGGAAGAUGAGGUUGCCAAGAUUUUCAGCAAUCGUUCGUUGGUCUUUGCUAAACUUGGGUCAGCAUUAAAUGCUUUAAGUGAUGCUGAACAGUGCAUUGGUCUCAAUCCUAAAUGGUGGAAGGUUGGACAUUUUUUAUAA